CGCGCGUAAACUGUGUUAUUGUUUUUUACUCGUCGUUAGCAAAUUAUUGGGAUAGUUCGUGUUAUCGUUAAAUUCUUGCAAAAAUCUAUUCCUGUGUGUCCAGUGCUAGUUGAUCGCGCCAACAUGUCCGUUCUGCUGGCUGAUGUCGAUGCCACCUGUUCCUCCCUCGGGUGGGACGAUGGUAGCAAAUACCAUAUGGAACCGGAUGCGAUCCAGGGAUUGAAGCAUCUGAUUUGGAUUUUGAGACGUGACGCGGAGGACCAUCAAUACCGUCGAUACAUUGGCCAGAAAAAAGUUAUGCAAACCGAUUUGAUUCCAAUGCUGAUGAGUAACUUUGACAAUCCAGAAGUGGCAGAUGUUUUGCUAAGAUUGAUAGUGAACUUGACCUAUCCGACGUUACUGUUGUAUCAGGGAAGGCACCCUAAAGAAGCGGUUGGACGGCGUAAUUUUCUGCAUCUGGUGGAAAUUCUACAAGGAUACAAGGAAGCCUUUGCUGUCCAGCAGGCUUGGGCAGCUCUUGCAGAACGCUUGCAGAAAGUGUUACAAGUGGAUUGGGCUGAACGUGUGGAAGAUCAAGAAUUAAUUAUCGAGAGAAUUCUUACAUUAACUCGAAAUGUGCUUCAGGUUCCGUCCAGUGACGAUUCGGAGAAACGAUUCGACAAUGAUGCAAGUGUGCACGAUCAAGUACUGUGGGCAUUACAGCAAACCGGUGUUCUGGAUUUAAUCCUGUACAUCAUUGGCUCCGAAUAUGAACAUCAGUAUCAUUUACAUGCAUUGGAAAUAAUAUGCCUCAUUUAUCGGGAACAAUCGGCCACUAGUCUGGCGGAUGCUUCGCUGCAGCGAAGUGCCAUCGAAAAGCAGCGCGACGAAAUGGAACUUAUCAUCGCAAGAAAACGUGAAAAGGCUAAACUGCAGUAUCGAGCUCCUGCGGCGCGUCAUUCACGAUUUGGUGGAACAUACGUGAUGGAAAAUAUCAAAUCGAUCUCGGACAAUGAUCUGAUCUGUCACCAAUCGUUGCAAAAAGCAUUGAAAAUGGAGUUCGAUGCCGAUAAGGACCCAGUGAAAAAGUCGUUUCGUCAUGUGAAAGAAACGGGUUCGGUGGAAAGGAAAAGUGCUUUUUCAGUGCGACUGUUUUUACGCGAAUAUUGUAUCGAAAUAUUGCAGGCUUCGUAUAAUAAUUUAGUGCGAGAAGUGAGAAGAAUGCUGGAAAGGCACGCGGGAAAGGAGUCGGGUGGUGGACACGACGAUUCAUAUUUGCUUUGGGCAAUCCGUUUCUUUAUGGAGUUCAACAGGGCCAACAAUUUCCAGUUGGAAUUGGUCAGUGAAUCACUUAGUGUACAAUGUUUUCACUGGAUUAUAUCCCGCGUCGAGCAUUACGUCGAGAUGAUGGGAUCGGAUAAAACUCGGGCUCGUCUCUGGGCACGUCGUCUGCACGUGGCCGUCCAGGCUUAUCGUGAGAUGCUUCACAGCUUGCAAGCGCUGCAAACCGUCGGAAGCGAAAAGGCGAAGGAGUUGUUUUCAAAGCUGCAGAAUAACGUUUUCUAUGUGCUCGAGUAUCGCGAGAUUGUCCUGCAUUUGCUCAUCAGCUAUAAUGAAUCCAACAGCACAAAAGCUUAUUUACGUGAUGUAAUCGAGACAUCUCACAUGUUCUUCAAAAUGCUGGAGAAGUAUUGCCAGGGGAGUGUGCGUGUCCAGAGUAAAAAACGCGCUAAGACGAAGCGUAACAAGAGCGCCACCGCCAGUGGACGGAACAAAGCUACACAGCAGGAUCCAGCGCUUGACGCGGAAACUUUAGAGGAGCUGUGGCUCACAAUUGCUGGCCAAGUAUCGAUAUGUCUGGCUAAUCAGAUUACGUUGCCGGAAGAGGAUCAUCCCAUUCCAUUCGACGCCGCCUCGGACAUUCCCAUCGACGAUCAGAAGGGCGAAUGCAUGAUAAGGAUUCACUCGCUGUUGCGUAACGGAAAAUACGAACAUGCAAUUAUUUUAAUGCGAUCCGCCAGAGAAGUUUGGCCUGAGGAUGAUUGUUUCGGAGCACCGACAUCCGCACCGGAAGACGAGUUAAUGCUGCUGAGGGAGGUUUUUGCGGCGAAUCUUCCGAAGGUUGCAGAAAAAGAACGUGUAUUUGACAUGGAUGCUUCUGAUGCCAAUGAGAACGACUAUGACGAUGAGGAGGAAGAAGAUGAGAGCGAAAUGACUGAAGUUGAUUUCAAAUUCGAAGAUUUCGCCAAAAGAUUGCUGAACCCGAAAGUUGUGCGUGCCUGCACGCUGGUACUAGCCGACUGGGAGCACAUUCCGAGUGCCUCACUAAAAGCUGCCGUUACGAUCCUCCAUCGAAUUGCUGUUGGAUGCAAAAUGCCGGCGAUGCUCUUCCAAGCAUCGCUAUUCCGCAUUUUCCAAAGCGUAUUUCACGCUCCCAAGGAUGCUCAUCAGGUCGAGUUGCGACGGCUCGGCGUUUAUAUCGUUCGACAGUUUACCUCUCUGGCACCGAAUAAUCCGAAAAUCUACGCAGAGCUGCUGUUCUACAAAUCGAUUAAGGAAGCGAACGCCAUCGAAAUGGGAUACGAGGAUAUCUACGGAAACAGCAUCGGUACCGGCGGCGGUGGCAUUAAGGGCGCUUGGAGCGAGGAGCAGGAAGAGGAGCUGCGCCGUUUGUACAUGGAAAAUCAAGAAAAUCCCGAAAGCGAUCAAGAUGUCAUUGAUUGGAUAUUGGACAAUUUGAUAGAUAAAACGCGCACACGUCGCUCAGUUAUCAAAAAGCUCAAGGAGCUCGGAUUAAUAUUCAAAGCACCGACGAAGAAAAGUAAUGCUGCUGCUUUGAACAAAAAUCUCUGGUCACAGAAGCAAGACGAUCAAUUGAGACAACUGUACGAAGAACAUCGCCUGAACGAAAAUGUACUUUCCAUUAUAACCGGUGAGUUCGACGGUGUGCGGUCCAAGCAAGCGAUAGUGAACCGUAUGGUCACAAUCGGACUGAUUGCGGAUAAAUCCGAAGUGAAACCACGAAAAUUUCGCUCGAAGAAAUCGUCAGCGGCAAAUGAGGGAAUGAGCACUGAGGAUUCGAUGUCCGAUGAGGACAGCGACCAAGAAUCCAAUAUUCCUGUGAAGGCAACUAAAGCCGCCAAACCAUCGAAAACGAAGACAACGGUUAAAAAGAAAUGUGUGCCCACAAAAACGUCACUCAAUACGAAGCGAUUGCGCAAUUUGCUGGCGGAAAUCGAAGAAUCUAUGAAGGAAGCCAUCGAAUGGUUAGCGGAAUCUUUCUCGGAAGCAUGCGACGACUAUGAGGCCGGCUCCGAGGAUCCGGAUGAUGGGGUACCCCUUGUACCUAUCAUGACACCACAGCGAGAUGCUUUGGAGAAUACACAGUUCAAAGAGUUGUUGAAAGAACUAGGCGUUGCCGCUCCACACGAAAACGAAGCCUACUGGCGCAUCCCCGUUUCUUUGAAGCCCAAGGAACUGCAAUUACGCGUGAAAAUACUUAACGGUGAAUAUCGGGACGAACUUGAGGACGAAUCUCAACCUCUUGCAGCGGAAACGGUAAGCUAUCCUAGUGACGAGGAAGAGCCGGAGGUGUCGGAGGAUGUCUUCAGCGCAUGGCGAAAGAAAAAUAACGUGCUCUACAGCAAGAGUGAUGACGAAAGUGAGGUACGUGAGCCACUAAAGCAAAAGCCCAGAAAAGAGUGCAAGAAGUCGAAGCCCAAGGGAGCAGAUGAAAGGCAAAACGCCAGUAAGAAACGAAAGGACACAAAUAAUAAAUUCAACUUGGAUGACUUGGCAAAACAAAAUGACGACGAACCAGACAGGAUGGAUUCGGACGUGGAACUGUAUGAGGAUGAGAGAGAAAAUCUGGAAGAUUUCCCAAGUCACCGUUCGCUGGUGGUUUCGGACGAUGAAAACGAUUUCGAUAGUACCGAUGGGAGAAGCACGGCUGCCGCUAAUAUGGACACAUUAAAAAAUAACAAAAAGACAAAAUUAAAGGCAUCAAUUAUGUUGGACUCAGAUUCAGAGCCAGAGGCCGAUGGGAAGCAGUUUCGACUGGUUGUCUCCGAUGAGGAGGGAGAAGGACAGGAUCAGAUUCACGGAGGAAGCAGCAGUGCUUCAACCGUCAAACGAACCAGAUCCGAUCAAUCCGACGAAGACGAGGUGGUGCAGAAGAAAGCCAAACAUCAUCGUCGAGCCGUCAUUAGCGACGAUGACGAGGACUGAGAUUCUGUCAGGGCGUUGGACGCUUGUGAGCAUUCUUUUUGAAUAUUUUAUUAGUUGUAUCAUGCGUUUUCAAUUAUCUAUAGACUAAUACAUUUUGUUUUCAGGAAA